UGAUGCUAAUUCCUUCGCCAGUCCCAUCUAGAGUGGCGAGACAACAAACCUUGUGCCUCUCAAACCCGGACAGACUGUAUAAUAUAAACCCCGACCGCCAAUACCGGCAGUCAUUCAGUUUCAAGUCUUUCCAGACCCAACUCGCAACCUCGCGACAACUCGCAGAAUCUCGGUAGAAUAGCCUAUUACUGUGUAAAAGCAUCGUCUCCGUGUAACUUCAGGCAUGGAUCUGUAUCAAGGAAAAUGGGAACUGCUCCCCGAAGAAACAACAGGAUUUGAUGAAUUCACCGAUGCUAUAGGAGUUCCUGAGCAAGCCCGUGAGGCGUUCAGGAAAGUGGCAUACGUAAUGGAGUACACGAAAGAUGGCGACAGCUGGACGGCAAAGGUGGAGGUAGUGGGGUCCAACGAGCCUAAGGUGUACUCGUGGACGCCGGGGGUGGAGUUUGAGUACGAGGGACUCGAUGGCAUGAAGAUGAAGAGCACGAUCAGAUGGGACGUAAGUGCUUGCCAAGAGGAACACGCCUCUGUGACCGGAAAGUGGACCUCGGUCAGGACUGUGGAAGGAGAUUCAAUGACACUGACAUCGGAAAGCAAAGGAAAGUCCAUGGUUCAGAAGUUUAAACGUGUCUGAUGCGACCACGAAACCCUUGCCGGUCACCAUUUUGGACAUGGUAUCAUGGGUACCUGACGUCGGUUUAAAACAUACGCAAUGCGCAUGCGCAUUGCGGUAUAGGUGUAAGCUUCAUAUGCAAUUGUUGCCAUGGCUACUGUUGGUGAAUGAGCAAAGAUACAUCUCCUGAGUGCCAAACAUUUUAUGAGCGAUAUCAUAAGUUCAUAUUUAUAUCACGUUGACCUUUUUUAUAUUUAUGUCUAAUCUUUCACGAAAUCAAAAAUGAAAAUAAUGAAAAUAGGUUCCGACAAUGUUCUUGUCAUUUACAUCAAUAGCAUAUAUACUGAAACCAAAUCGAUCAGAAAAAAACAGUUCAUUGUUAGUGACGUGAAACAACUCAGGGCUGAAAUAAAAGACAUCUGUUCAACGUGAAUAAAUAAAUUAGCAGCGCAUUACUAUGGACGGAUGUGACCAAGUGACCUGCUCAAUAUGCCCCCUGGUGGUACAAAUGCAUUCCCUGUAUGUCACGCUUGUUAUGAUGUAAUAUAACUCGCCUCGCAGAUGUUCGCCCUGUUCACGCUGAAGACAUAUAAGGGAGACAAUCGUAUUUGAUUUGAUCAUGAAUGUUGUGUAGUGCAUUCGUGUAUAAUCAUCAAUCCUGUGUUCGAUCCACUAAAUUCAAUUUACAAUUUAUUGAAAACAUGUAAGAAUUAAUAUUAGUUUGAUAAUGUAGAAUAUGAUUAUUAUAAGAGCAUUAUCUUUCGGUUAAAUUAUGGAUUUAUAUUUUUUUCACAUUAUUUUUUUUCUUUAGUUGGUUCAGAACAGCAAUCCAAUAUCAAUUUUCAUCAUCGAUCACAAGCGAUAAUAGGUUUUCAUUUUGUUCACUAUCACUGGUUUUGAAUGUUUGAAUCAAAACGUCCAUAUACAUGUGGUACAAGUGAUGUAUGAUACAAAAAUAGAAUCGAUUUUAUUUGGACUUGUUUCAAAAAGAACCUUAUAAUUUGUCCAAAUGUAACAGUUUGGAGUAUUACGGAGAGAAGAACUUACAUUAACAUUACGUUGUUUUCUAGGGAAGCAAUCUUAUGUUACAAAUUGUAGUGUACAUUUUCAUUCAGUAUGCAGUAUCAUAAACACGAUGUACCGACCCGUGUAUCUAAUAUGUUCAACAGCUAUUUUAUUGUGUCGCAUAUAAUACGGCGGAAUUGAAUAAAGUAUGAGUUUGUA